AUGUCUGCACAGGAGGUGUCGGCCCCGGCUAACACCAGCACGACCACUGCCAGCCAGCCGCCGCCGCCGUCGCCUCCAGCCCAGUCCGCCGGGGAUCCAGAGAAGAAAGCCGGUGCCCCGCCGGCUUACUCGGCCUUCUCGCCAUGGCGAAAGCGCUUCAUCCUCAUCGUUGUCACCGUGGCCGGGUGUUUUGGGCCUCUGGCCGGCAACAUCUACCUCCCUGCUCUGCCUACCUUAGAGAAUGAAUUCCACGCGAGCGCGACGGCCAUCAACGUUACCGUAUCCGUUUUCAUGCUUACCUUCGCCUUCGGUCCUCUAUUCUGGGCCAGUUUCGCCGAUUGGAAGGGCAGGAGACCACUGUACAUCAUCUCUCUCUCCAUCUAUAUUGUUGCCAAUAUUCUUCUGGCUGCAGUACCAGCCAACUAUGGCGCUCUUGUAUUUCUUCGUAUCGUCCAGGCCUUUGGGUCUGCGGCCGUGGUGUCGAUGGGCGCAGGCACUGUCGCCGAUGUCACUCCACCCAAAGAGAGAGCAUUCGCAAUGAGCAUCUUCCUCCUAGGCCCUCAGCUCGGCCCUGUCCUCGGCCCAGUGAUAGGAGGCGCGUUGACGGUGGCAUCAUGGCGCUGGAUAUUUGGCUUCCUUGCCAUUGCCGGAUUCGUGCUCUGGAUCAUCAUCUUCCUCAUGCUUCCAGAGACUCUGCGCGCCAGGGUAGGCAGUGGCAAGCUCUACUCCCAGUCUAGCUUCAUCCUCUUCCCUCCAAAGCUGUCUUCGCCUCUGGCACCAGAAUCGGAGAGAGGUCCCCCGCCUCCCAAGCCAACUCUGCUCAUGUACUGGCGUCUCUUCAGCUACCCACCCAUCGGCAUCGUGUCCUUCAACACCGCCAUGCUCUACUCGACCUACUUUGCUAUCGCAGUGCAGCUGCCCACUGAGCUCGCCGACCGCUACAACUGGUCCAGCGCAGGCGUCGGCGCCGGUUUCAUCGCCGUCGGCGUCGCCAUGAUUGCGGGUUCCUUGAUAGGUGGACGCUUCUCGGAUUGGCGGAGAGCGCGCGCAGUCAAGGCGUCUCCUGACAACACCGUCGAUCCCGAAAAUAGACUUGCAGACCAGAUUUGGGGUGUCAUUGUUUGCGCCGGUGGAUGUGCCAUGUACGGGUGGUUCGUCGACAUCUCACUCCACCCCGCCGCCGUUCUAGUUGCCACUUUUCUUACCGGCUUCGGGAUGAACUGGGUAUUUGUGGCCACGACGGCCUUUUUGACCGAGUGCGUGGCCCAGCAGGCCGCAGGCGCCUUUGCGCUCGGGAACAUGCUACGGAAUCCCGGUGCUGCCAUCGCCGCCCUUGUGAUCCCUUCUCUCGUCUCCAAGAUGGGAAGUGGAUGGUGUUUCACAGGACUCGCAUUGUUGGACUUGGUCCUUGUCGGGUCUGCUGUAAUAGUACUACGAAUUAAAUCUCCGGGAUGGAGGGCAGCCCGCAAAGCCAAGAUGGUGGCGAUGGCGGCAGCCAAGCAAGGUGGGCCGAAAUGA